GGGUGGCCACGAUGUUUGACAGCUCGCAGUACCCCUAUAACUGCUUCAAUGACGACGCCGACGACUACCCUGCCGGCAGCUCCGACGAGGAAAAACGGCUUACAAGGCCAGCGUACAGCUACAUCGCGCUGAUUGCCAUGGCCAUUCAGCAGAGCCCCGCGGGCCGUGUGACCCUGUCCGGCAUCUACGACUUCAUCAUGCGCAAGUUCCCCUACUACCGCGCCAACCAGCGCGCCUGGCAGAACUCCAUCCGCCACAACCUGUCGCUCAACAGCUGCUUCGUCAAGGUGCCACGGACCGAGGGCCACGAUAAGGGUAAAGGCAACUACUGGACUUUCGCGGGCGGCUGCGAGUCCCUGUUGGACCUUUUUGAGAAUGGCAACUUCCGUCGGCGGCGCAGGCGACGCGGCCCCAAGCGCGAGGGGCCCCCGGGUCCCCUCGAGCCGGCAGUGCCCGGGUCAAUGGGCUCUGAUAGCGCGCGAGUUCCAGACCGGGAGGCCCGGGUCAGCCCUGCCACACACAGAGACAUCAAAUUCAGCAUUGACUACAUCCUCUCUUCCCCGGACCCUUUCCCUGCGCUCAGGUCGCCCUGUCACUCCCAGGAAGCCAGGUAUCCGGAGGCGCUGGAGCCCCAGCAAAUGAGCUUCCAUUUUUGGGCAGCAUGA